CCUUGUAGCGGAGCAGUGCGCCGGAAGCUAUUGCUUGCACAGUAGCUGGAAGGGCUCCAUGCAGCUAGAGGCCUUUUAGCGAGUUGGGAAGGUCGCUCUAGUCUCCGUCGCCAUGCUCCUCUCCGCUGUUUGCCUUGCCAAGAGCAAGUCAAAGACCCUCCUUGUGAAAAUGGUGAGUCAAGCAGGGACAGGUUACACCUUCAACACCAAGAGAAGCCGCUUACGAGAGAAAUUGGUCCUUCUGCACUACGACCCAGUUGGUAAAAAUGAGAGAAGUUGCUUCAUGGAAGUGAACAAACGAGUCCUAUUUGUGGAAAAGAAAAAAGUGCGCUCUAUUUGAACAAUGGAUUGAAAAUGAAUUUGAUUUAUAAAUGAGGAAGACUCUUGGGGCGUGGGGGGGAGGGAGAAACACUGAUUCAGAAAUCCUGCAGUGUGCACCCAAAGGAAAGGAAGUGGCUUGGAAUCACCGCCUCCUGUAAUUUGAAUGCCAUUGUGAAGGAAAACAAUGCAUUGAAAGAAAAUUCUUCACUUUAGGACAUAGAUCAUUGCAUCAACAUUUAUUUAUCUUUCGGGUUAUUUUUACAGCCUUCAAUAAAAAAAUAUUAAAAUA